ACUUCCUGCUCUUCUAACCAACGGAGGCGGAACCCGAAAGAACAAAGCGAAAAUCCCACCGGCGCGGCGGCGGGCGGCAAUGUCUCUUUCUGCAUCGAGUUCGGUUUCUCCCUUCGGAGCAAAUAUCUGCUCCAGCUCCCGGAAACCCCACCUGGUCGCGGCGCAGUCAAGAAAUCGGCGGCAAGUGUGGCGCCGGAGGAAGUUGACAAAAGAGGAUGAUAUGCUGCGAGUGAAACUGGGGAGAGUUCCAUUCCUAGAGGAGCAAGUGAGGAAGAUCAGAGAAAACGGGAAGAUGCUGUCGUUCGACAUAGAGUGGCUGAUGAAGAACGAAGACAACAAGUACGAGUUCGUCAACGAGGUCGCGGCGGAGGCGACGGAGUACAUCGAGCGGAACAGAGACGAGUACGGCGGGAACAAGAAGGCCAUCCUUCAUGUGCUCAGCAACCGGAUGAACGAUGCCGGGUUUUACCGGCCGGAGGCUUACGAGGUUUCUGAUCCUUUCAGGCCUGGACCUGAUUACUUGAAGGAAGAGUUCACCUGAUCAAAGACGCAUUGUUUCGUCCCCACUUCUGUAUGUUUGUUGCAGUAGCAGAGUCAGAGUGGUAGAUGAUGUAUCCCAGAAAAAAAAGGCAGUUUCUUAGUAGCAGCUGCACAACUCUGUUGAUUUGCAAU